CGGGCGGAGCCAAAUCUGUCGCGAUUAGUGCGGUCGCGGGAACACCCAAAGUGGAGCCCCACGUAGCAAGAUGACCCGAAGCUGCUCGGCAGUGGGCUGCAGCACCCGGGACACCGUGCUGAGCCGGGAGCGCGGCCUCUCCUUCCACCAAUUUCCAACCGAUACCAUACAGCGCUCAAAAUGGAUCAGGGCUGUUAAUCGUGUGGACCCCAGAAGCAAAAAGAUUUGGAUUCCAGGACCAGGUGCUAUUCUAUGUUCCAAACAUUUUCAAGAAAGUGACUUUGAGUCAUAUGGCAUAAGAAGAAAGCUGAAAAAAGGAGCUGUGCCUUCUGUUUCUCUAUACAAGGUUCUUCAGGGCGUACACCUUAAAGGCAAAGCAAGACAGAAAAUCCUAAAACAGCCACUUCCCGAUAAUUCGCAAGAGGUUGCCACCGAGGACCAUAACUACAGUUUAAAGAGGCCUCUGACGAUAGGCGCAGAGAAGCUGGCUGAGGUGCAGCAGAUGCUCCAGGUGUCCAAAAAAAGACUGCUUUCUGUGAAAAACUACAGGAUGAUCAAGAAGAGAAAGGGCUUGCGCCUGAUCGACGCUCUCGCAGACGAGAAACUACUUUCUGAAGAGACAGAGUGUCUGCUGCGAGCCCAGUUUUCAGAUUUUAAGUGGGAGUUGUAUAACUGGAGAGAAACAGCUGAGUACUCCACAGAAAUGAAGCAGUUUGCAUGUACACUCUACUUGUGCAGUAGCAAAGUCUAUGAUUAUGUCAGAAAGAUUCUCAAGCUGCCCCAUUCUUCCAUCCUCAGGACAUGGUUAUCCAAAUGCAAACCCAGUCCAGGUUUCAACAGCAACGUUUUUUCUUUUCUUCAGCGAAGAGUAGAGAAUGGAGACCAGCUGUAUCAGUAUUGUUCACUGAUCAUAAAAGGCGUCUCUCUCAAGCAACAACUUCAGUGGGACCCCAGCAGCCACCAUUUGCAAGGGUUUAUGGACUUCGGCCUUGGCAUACUUGAUGCCGAUGAAACGCCACUCGCCUCCGAAACGAUUUUGUUAAUGGCGGUGGGUAUUUCUGGUCACUGGAGAACACCUCUUGGUUAUUUUUUUGUAAACAGGGCGUCUGGAUAUUUGCAGGCUCAGCUGCUGCGUCUCACCAUUGGCAAACUGAGUGACAUAGGGAUCACGGUUCUGGCCGUCACGUCUGAUGCUACAGCUCACAGCGUGCAGAUGGCAAAGGCGCUGGGGAUACACAUGGACGGAGACGACCUGAAGUGCACCUUCCAGCACCCUUCAUCGUCCAGUCAGCAGAUCGCAUACUUCUUUGACUCUUGCCACUUGCUCAGGUUAAUACGAAACGCGUUUCAGAGCUUCCAGAGCAUUCAGUUCAUGAAUGGCACGGCACACUGGCGGCACCUUGUGGAGUUAGCAGCGCUGGGGGAGCAGGAAUUAGCCGGCAUGGAGGGGCUGCCGGGAAGACUUGCGGAUCUGAAAAACCACGUCCUGAAGAUGAACUGUGCCGCCCAGGUGUUCAGUGAGAGCGUGGCUGGGGCGCUGGAGGGCUUGCUGUCGCUGGGCCUGCCUCCUUUUCAGAACUGCAUCGGCACUGUCCACUUUUUACGCUUAAUUAACAACCUGUUUGACAUUUUUAAUAGUAGGAACUGUUAUGGAAAAGGACUUAAAGGGCCUCUGCUGCCUGAGACUUACAGUAAAAUUAACCGUGUGCUAAUCGAAGCCAAGACGAUCUUUGUGACGUUAUCUGAUGCUAGCAACAAUCAAAUAAUUAAAGGGAAGCGAAAACUAGGAUUCCUGGGAUUUUUACUUAAUGCUGAGAGCUUAAAGUGGCUCUACCAGAAUUACGUUUUCCCUAAGGUCAUGCCUUCUCCCUAUCUUCUGACUUACAAAUUCAGUCAAGACCAUCUGGAAUUAUUUUUGAAGAUGCUUAGGCAGGUAUUAGUAACCAGUUCUGCCCCUACCUGUAUGGCGUUCCAGGCGGCUUACCAUAGUUUGGAGACCAGAUACAGAUUACAGGACCAAGUUUUUCUGAGUGAAGCAAGCAUCCUUGACAUUUCACUUGCUCGAAGGACAGACUUGGCCCUGUGGACAGUUCAGCGUCAGUAUGGUGUCAGCGUUGUAAAGAGUCUUUUUCACAAAGAGGAUAUUUGCCAAGACUGGUCUGAUUGUUCUCUAAGUGAGGCGUUACUCGAUCUGUCUGAUCACAGGCGAAAACUCACCUGUUGUGCUGGUUAUAUUGCAAACAAGUUAUCGGCUCUUUUAACUUGUGAAGACUGCGUCAGUGCCCUGUAUGCUUCCGAUCUCAAAGUUGCAAGAAUUGGGUCACUGUUGUGUGUUAAAAAGAAGAAUGGUUUGCAUUUCCCGUCAGAAAGUCUGUGUCAAGUCAUAAAUACUUGCGAGCGGAUCGUGAGAACCCACUCAAGGAUGGCAGUCUGUGAACUGCUUCCUAAACAGAGAGACCUGUUUCUGCAGCAGCAGAUUUUAUGUGAGCUUUCUGGGCAUCUUUACCUUUUUGUAGAUUUAGAUGAGCAUCUCUUCGAUGGAGAAGUGUGCGCCAUUAAUCACUUUGUAAAGUUACUAAAGGAUAUCAUAGUCUGUUUCUUAAAGAUCAGAGCUAAAGAUGCAGCGCAGUACCCUUUGAAACAGCGUUCCGAAAGACCCGAAAUGAAAACCUUCUCAAGGAAACGCUGGUCAUCUUUACAGGAUGAUUACAGAUGUUCAGGUUUCGCUAAUACCAGUAAAUUCAGGCAUUUGUUGAGUAAUGACGGAUAUCCGUUCAAAUGAGGGACCUAAGAUAUGUCCAGGUUUUGGCGAAAAAUAAUUGGUCAGCAUUUUGUGUAUUUUAUAAAUUGACCAUUCUGCACAGUUGACAAGUUUGUAAUUCUGACUUACUAGAAUUUGUAAUUAGGCGUAUUGUAAAAUCUCAUACUUUGGUUGGCAGCGUUUCAGUGACUUGGAUCGUAGAAAGCUGUAAGUCAGCGGGAGCGGACUAGCCAACAGUCGCUGCCUUUGAAUACACUGCUCUCGGCUGGGGAAUGGGACCGGACAUACUUUUAACUGGUUCCGUCUAUUUUACAGUGAGAGAAUGACAGCAACUGAGAGUCGUUUAAGACAUUGCCUCCGACGAAUCGACUACCUUCCCUAAGAGCGCUUCGGUUUACAGCUGCUAGGAGUGUUGACAGAAAAAUUAAAAAAAAAAAAAAAGAAUGUUGACAGAAUACCUAUAAAACCUUGGAUAUAAUUUUUCUUUACAUAUGAAAAUUAGGAUGUGGUUUGAAAAUUAGGCUAACUUAAAAUCUCAAAUACCACGAAAUCCCUUUGCCAAGGUACCCUAAAAGAGAGAGGGGCUGCGGCAGAGCUGAGGAAUGUAGUCCAAGAAGCAUGUGAGGCCAUUUUCACAGUCCAUUGUCCUUGGACUUCGAAAUACUACUUUUGAGUAAUAGAGUGGAUACUAAUUGGACCACCGGAAGACCCUGAUGCCCAUCAGAGGAUGAGAAGAAGCUUAUUUCAGCUUCUUCUGACAUCUCUUCGUCUUUGCAGGGAGGCUGAAAUAAACUUACUUUCAGUGUUGAGUCAAUAAUGGGAUGUAUGUCGUGCGACUAAUAAACUAGAAAAACAUGGUCA